UGCAUUUGAGAGCUAAAUAAGUUCCCUAAUGAAACGCAACACACACAAACACAUUACGGCAAAUCAACUCGGAUGGCCAGACGAAGACGGCACGCGUUUGAAAUAAAACCGCAUUAAGUAUACGACACGUGGUAACUAGGCACGCACACGCGCUACGCCAAAUGCCGCUAAGCGCCGUAUGCCAAACAGCCAACAGCAAGAGCCACAAAAGCCAGUCAAUAAGCAACAACAAUGCAUUCACUGCCAAUGCUGAGCUGCCUCUUUAUUUUUUCGUUGUCUGCUUCAUUUAUGUCUUCUUCCGCCAUUUUUUACUUUAUUUUCUUUUGGCAUUUCUUUUGCGUCGCGUACGACACCCGAACCGAGGCCCGGCAUGUAAGCCGAGCGGCAAUCGCGGCACUCGCGACGCACUCGCGACUGCUGCAGACGCUAAAACAUUGAGAAGUAUAAAAAUCGUGAACAAUAGAAAAACGAUUAUUAAACUCAAUUGUGCCAGCAUUGAGGCGAGUUGUGUGCAGUCCAGUUCAAAGUAAAAACACAAGACACAAAACAAAAAUGGCCAAACUGCUCCUUCUGGUUGUUGUGGGUGUUGCAGCCCUUGCAUUGGCACAUGGCGCCUCAACACCUCAGCAGCAACAGCAGCUUCAACGCUUGAUUGCCGAGGAGCAGAACAAGUGCGCCAGCGGCCAAGAUUCGAUGGCGUGCAUCAAAGAGCGUGCCAUGCGCUUUGUGGACAAUGUGCUGAGCAAAGAUAGCUACACGCUUUCCAACUUGGAGGUGCACUCAAAUGGCCAGCAGGUUGCUCCCGUUAGCGAGGCACGCGCCAACAGCGCUGAUGGUUUCCUCGAUGCCAUCGAGAACUACAUGAAGGGACACGAUGUUAGCGUUAACUUGCCCGUGGCCGAUGCCAAGAUCACCGUCUCGGCACGCAAUCUGGCCAACGACGAGAUGAGCUUGAAUCUGCAAUUGAACAAUGACGAUGGUGCCGAGACUGAAGCCAGGGGUAAGAAGGGCAACAUCUUCAAGAAGGGCAAGAAGAACCGUCUCCGCAAGUUGGCCAUGCCCAUUCUGGUGCUCAUUCUGCUGAAAUCGAUCACCGUCAUCCCAAUGGCCAUCGGUAUUCUGAAGAUUAAGGCAUUCAAUGCUCUCGCUUUGGGCUUCUUCUCCUUCAUUGUCUCGGUUGGUUUGGCCAUUUUCCAAUUGUGCAAAAAGAUUGCCCAUGAUCAUCAUCACACCGCACACAUCACUGCCCAUGGACCAUGGGACGGUCGCAGCUUCGGCGCUGUUCCCGUUGUGCCCGUUGUGGAGCAACCCCAGCAAUCGGCCCAGAACUUGGCCUAUCAGGCCUACGCCUAAAUGUCCUAGCAACAACAACAUUCGAGAGCAAAGCACAAAAUGAUUUGUUAAUUGUUAAAAGAUUUUUGUGACUUUGUGCACCUUUUUUAAUGGAGCAUCCCAAAUGGCGGACAACAAUUGACAAACAAAACAACAAAAAUGAAAAUGAGAGCGAGGCUGUCCUGCAUUCU